CUUCUCUCACAGUGUAGAGGAGUGGAGGUCAGACGUUGAAAGAAAUGAAAGCGCACAAUAAUGGCCCAGCUUCGGCUAUUGAAUGUAAUAGGGGAAUUGGUUACUUGACGUUUUUUCUUUAAUAACGGGGUUAGUGUGUCGCUGUCUGCACUUACAUUGUUUUUACUGCCUCUUGCGCACGCAGGGUGUCCGUCUUUAGUACGUAAACAAACAUGACUGCUACCAUUUCCAGGCAGAGAAAUGCUGCAGUCGCUGCAGACUCCUCUGGUUCUUCUUUUUCCAUUACAGCAAGCCUCCUGCGACUCUCUAAACACAUCAAAUAUGAAAAUCUUGCAGCUGGACUCAGUGGGGGUGUUAUUUCCACAAUGGUGUUACACCCCCUCGAUCUGAUCAAAAUCAGGUUUGCAGUAAGUGAUGGUUUGAAAAUGCGACCCCAAUACGAUGGCAUGAUGCACUGCAUGAAGACCAUCUGGAAGCUGGAAGGAAUUAGAGGUCUCUAUCAGGGUGUAACCCCCAACAUCUGGGGGGCUGGGGCAUCAUGGGGCCUGUACUUCCUCUUUUAUAAUGCUAUUAAAGCAUACACACAGGAGGGACGGCAAACAGAGCUGAGUGCUGGCGAACACCUGGUGUCUGCAGCGGAGGCGGGCAUUCUGACGCUUUGCCUCACCAACCCGGUCUGGGUGACAAAGACCCGGCUGGUGCUGCAGUACAAUGCAGACCCGUCACGGAAGCAGUACAAGGGAAUGAUGGACGCCCUCGUGAAAAUAUACCGUCACGAGGGUAUCCCGGGACUAUACAGGGGUUUUGUGCCUGGGCUGGUGGGGACUUCCCAUGCUGCAUUGCAGUUCAUGACCUAUGAAUGGCUAAAAAGAGAGCAGAACAAAUAUAAGAAGAUGCCGUCUGAAUCCCUGCUGUCUCCACUGGAAUACAUCACCAUGGCAGCCAUUUCCAAAAUAUUUGCUGUAGCAGUGACCUACCCAUAUCAGGUGGUGCGCGCUCGCCUGCAGGACCAGCACAACAACUACAGUGGAAUCGUGGAUGUCAUCAGGAGAACAUGGAGCAACGAGGGGAUCGAGGGCUUUUACAAAGGGAUGAUCCCCAACUUGGUGCGAGUCAUUCCAGCGUGCUGCAUCACCUUCUUGGUGUUCGAAAAUGUGUCACGCUUACUUUUGGAUGAGUAUCACUAAGCCUUCACGAGUCACAUGCGGGACCAAAACAACACAAUAUGCCAGGACUAUGUAUAUGUGUUAGAGACGAGCAGGAAUAUGAAACAUUUCCUGUUUAACUCUGAACUCAACAAAACUAGAAUUUAGCGUGUGCACUAAAUGGAAAAAAGAAAAUAGAGGUGCAUAUAUAUGAGAAGAGUUGUUGUAUUGUCGAGUUUAUUG